GUGCCUCCGUCGCCAGAGGGGAACCAGCCGUGCCAGCCACCCCCAACGGCCGUCGAUGGAGAGCCGUGGAGGGAGAGGGGUCCGGUAGUCGCUGGGACCAUGAAGUUUUGGCUAUGGGGAUCCCUGGGCUGAUUCCAUUUCUGUUGUUGUGGGCAUCCUUGCACCCGGCCCUGCCCGCCCCGGCCCAGCCCAUCUGCGACCAGAGUGUCAUGAACAAAUUCAUCCAAGACGCCAGCAAGAUGGAGAAGGACAUUGUGGACCUUUGUGAAGAUGCCUGCAACUUACCAGAACACGUGACAGUGUUGGACACCAGGGUGAAUUUUCCUGACUGGCCAGCGAUGGACAGGUCCAGGCAGGCCUGGGAAGUGUGGCGCGGCCAGGCGCUUCUCUCCGUCGCCGUGGGCCUCGUCAAAAGCCAGCAGCCCCGGAUGCAGCCUUUCCUGCGCCAGCUGGAGGUAAUGGAGAGCAGCUUGAGAAGCAUCCGCGAGAUUCUGCGCAGGCACAACGCCCAGGCAGACCGGCAGGAGGAGCCCCUCCCUCGGACAUUGAGUGUGCAAACGGUGCAAAAACUCUUCAACGUUUAUUCCAGUUUCCUGCGUGGGAAGGUCAACCUGUUUCUGGCCAGUGCUUGCCAGGGCAGUGGGAGGUGACCGGGCAGGGGGCUGCUUGCCACUCGGCGUGCCUCCCCUACGAUGGGGAGGGGGAGGCCCCUCGGAGGCCGGACGACCACCGCCCGCUUGCUUGAUUGGCUGCUUGAGAGACGCCGGCGCGCACACGCACCCCUACCACGCGGCAACUCGGGCCUUGCAGAUGGCAGCGCCCACCCUCCCGCUGGGAGGGGCAGCCCAGCAGUCACCCCGAAAGCUGCUUCUGCCCGCUUCUAGGCGCCACCUGACUCGGGGUCACCAGGCACGGGACAAGACGGGACGAGGGGAGGUCCAGCCCAAGGAAGCAGGAACGGGGUGUCUCUCUCCCCAAAAACCCACCUUUGCCACCAGCAUCCGUGCGAAGAAGGAAGAAAGCAAAGCUUGAAAAAUUGGGGUGCAUCAGCAGAUGGCCUCCAGAGGUGCUUGUGUGACCCCCAAAAUCUGCACGCACACACACACACACACACACACACACACACACACACCUUCUUUCAGUGGCUGGAGCAGCACGGGUGCAAGCCGCUUUGGGGGGCAUUCCCAAUUUCUUAAAAUGGGAAAAAAUUGCCUUGGUUUGCAGAGGGGGGGGGGUGUCAGACGGAUCUACCCAAGUUGGGGAGACCCGGUUGUGCAAAUAGGGGGGUGCCAAGGAGGUCAUUUGUCUGGAGAAGGGGGGGUCACUUGUUCAAGCUGGCACAUUUUCACACGUGGGGCCAGCCUUGACCCGAACAUGACCCCCCCCAGUACCCAUGUGCGCUGUGGAGAUAAGGGCUGAACGGAUCAGCUGGGGAGACGUCACAGGACAGCCGUGCCUGGCAGGUGUCAAUCAAAUCCUGGAAAUCCUAACUUGGGAAAUCCAGCAUUGAAGCAUCUUGAGCUUAAAAAAUCCUCUUUUUUAAAGGUUGAAGCUUUACAGACGGUCCUUGACUUACCACUGUUCGUUUAGUGACCACUUCAACGGCACUGAGUUACGACCGUUUUUCACACUUACGACUGCUGUGGCACCCCCCGGUCAUGUGAUGAAAGUUCAGACGCUUGGCACAAUGUCUCGUAUUUAUGACGGCAUCCCGGGGUCACGUGGUCCCCUUUUGCGACCCCCCCCCAACAAGCAGAGGGAGAAGCCACGUUCACUUAGCGACGGGGUUACUAACUCAACAGUCGCAGUGAUUCAGGUUAACAACGGUGGCCAGCAAGGUCAUAAAAUGGGGCAAAACUCACUUAACGACGGUCUUGCUUAGCGACAGAAAUUUUGGGCUCCCUAUAUUGUCGGAAUGAGAUGAAGACCUUUUCCAGGUCUUCCAGAAGGUGCGACCCCCCCUCUUCUUCCUGCCCACAAAACGUGGAAAAGGGGGGGCUCUUUAGGGUGUCAGAAGGGGUGAUUGACAGCUCCCAGGCAGCCCCUCCAGCGGCCGACUCUGGUGUGGUUGCAAGCAGCCCUCAGCUCACCCCCAUUUGCUUAGUGACCGCUCAAAGUUACGACCGCCCUGAAAAAAGGGACUUACGUCUGGCUCACCCCUUUAACGACCAUCCCUGCAGUCCUGUGAUCAGAAUUCAAACGCUUGACCGCCGGCACGCACUUACGACGGCUCUACACUGGCCUGGGUGUGUGUGUGUGUCACCUGAUCCCCUUUUGCGACCUUCCAGGGGAAGUCAGAUCCGCUUAACGACCGUGCAGCGAUUCGCUUAGUAAUUGUGACGAAAAGGUUGUAAAAUUGGAGGUGGGCUCCUUUACCAACCGCCUCAGUCAGUCGUGGUCGUAAACCGAGGACUGCCUGUGACCAGCUUUUGCCCAGACAGAUUUAAUGUAAAGGACCUCCGGCGUCGGUAUACAUAUGUAUAGUUUUACUCUAAGUGACUUCUUGAGAGUUUAUAUUUGAUAUUAAGUUAAAGGUGUACAGUUUUCUGAGUAUUUAUCGUGUUUCCUUCGAGAGCAGCUGGUUUGUGAGUUGAUUCCUAGAGAAACUGAGGCGGAUUCCGGAGGGAGGGAAGAGGGCUGUGACAGCUCUUGUUUAUCCUGAUUAAAAGUCGCUCUGCUUUCCCAAACAAGCCAGCAU